AUGGACGGAGGUACAGCGAAGGCGUUCUUGACUACCUCUGCGGCCAGCGAGAGGACAGGAGGCGGAAGCGGAGGGAAUGGGAGGCUGAAGGUCACCAAGUGGUCUGGCACCUGUCAGGGUAUCCUAUUCGUAGAGAGACGGUCGGGGUGGAGUGAGCAGGAGGGAGGGUUUUGUGGAAGGAUAGGGCCGAAGAAAUUCAGCGCCGCAUCGAAUCCAAGAAACUCCGUGCUCGACCGUAGUGGGGGAGAGGAUGAUAAAGAGGAGGUGAAGGGGAGCCCGUAUCUUCCGCACGCCGCCCCCUCUGUCUCGCGCACCGUCACGGUGCUUGGCUGCCGUGCUCGCGGCCAUGGCCAUUCAGUAGCGACCAGCUGCUGUGCCCGCCGGAGCCUGCGCUGCAACAUGCAACAGUCGCAGGGUGCCGUUCGCCGUCUGGCGAUCGCACAAAUACGUGACGCCUGCCGUGGCCUCACAACGCGUCCCAGUGUGGCUCCUAGCCCGCGGCGACUAUCCACGUUAGCUGGCCGCCGGGCUGAAAUGACCGCGCUGGUGGACUGGCUGUCAUGCUUGCGAACCCCCGCCGAAUCAGGCCUUGGGAGCUUCGCCGGUCAGCCUGAAGCCAUGCCAGCCAACGCAUGCAGCGACCAGGGUCAGGCUCUGAACGCUGGCCAAUGUGUCUUCGGCUGCACACAGGAAACAUGCUGCGCUGCAUGGUCCAGUAGCCAAGACCUUCAAUUGGCAGCGCUGCCGUAG